CCGCUCCCCGACUCAGUCAAGACGACGCAUACUUGGCACCAUGCAUCUCUCCGCCACCACCGGGUUCCUCGCCCUCCCGGCCCUGGCCCUGGCCCAGCUCUCGGGCAGCGGCCAGACGACCCGGUACUGGGACUGCUGCAAGCCGAGCUGCGCCUGGCCCGGCAAGGGCCCCUCGUCUCCGGUGCAGGCCUGCGACAAGAACGACAACCCGCUCAACGACGGCGGCUCCACCCGGUCCGGCUGCGACGCGGGCGGCAGCGCCUACAUGUGCUCCUCCCAGAGCCCCUGGGCCGUCAGCGACGAGCUGUCGUACGGCUGGGCGGCCGUCAAGCUCGCCGGCAGCUCCGAGUCGCAGUGGUGCUGCGCCUGCUACGAGCUGACCUUCACCAGCGGGCCGGUCGCGGGCAAGAAGAUGAUUGUGCAGGCGACCAACACCGGUGGCGACCUGGGCGACAACCACUUUGACCUGGCCAUCCCCGGUGGCGGUGUCGGUAUUUUCAACGCCUGCACCGACCAGUACGGCGCUCCCCCGAACGGCUGGGGCGACCGCUACGGCGGCAUCCAUUCCAAGGAAGAGUGCGAAUCCUUCCCGGAGGCCCUCAAGCCCGGCUGCAACUGGCGCUUCGACUGGUUCCAAAACGCCGACAACCCGUCGGUCACCUUCCAGGAGGUGGCCUGCCCGUCGGAGCUCACGUCCAAGAGCGGCUGCUCCCGUUAAGAGGGAAGAGAGGGGGCUGGAAGGACCGAAAGAUUCAACCUCUGCUCCUGCUGGGGAAGCUCGGGCGCGAGUGUGAAACUGGUGUAAAUAUUGUGGCACACACAAGCUACUACAGUCCGUCUCGCCGUCCGGCUAACUAG